AUGAUACACAAGGUUCAGCUACACAAGGACACAGCCAAAAAACCUUUCUUAGUGGUGCUCAAUAAGAAAAAGCCAACAGAACUUGAUGAUUUUGACUUUUCAAUGAAUGCAGACCUGAAUGCUAUAGGUUCGCAACAGAAUCAAGUAAUAUUUAUUACGCAUGUGAACAUCUACAGAGGAGAGCUCAACAACAUCAAACGUCCACCACCUCUAGUAUCCAAGCGUCCACAUCGUGAAUCAAAUCCAUUACUAGCACAGUUCUGCACAUUUGUUGAUAAG